UCCAAUGAGCGCGCUCGGUGGGUACGCAGAACCAGACGGUUGUGAAGUCUAUUAGACACUGCUUAUUAUUGAUAAAGAAGGUCUAACAUCAGCUGUGGUAGCAGGAAACUUGGGAAUUAGUGGGUCUUAUCGCUGUGGCUCUGCACCCAAGACUCACUGCCAACUCUGCUACCCCGAAGCUUUGAUACGGAACAAUGCCUGGCAAAGCAGCGGUGACAGUGCCGCUCCCAGCCGCAGAGGCUCCUCAGAAGUCUUGCCCUUUUGUUUUAAAGAAGAUCAUGGAUAUCCCACCUCCUAAUAUCCUGGAGGAAGGGGACGACGACAUAGAGAAGGAAAAGCAGUGCUCCUCUGAGGAUGUGGAUGGAGGUGGUGCUGUGGCAUCCAGUGCUGGUGGAGGCUCUAGAGGAGGUGGUGGUAGUGGGGCGGGCGCAGGAGUGUCAGCCUCCCUGACCCCAGCCAUCUGGGAGAAGACCAUUCCUUAUGAUGGCGAGACCUUCCACUUGGAGUACAUGGAUCUGGACGAGUUUCUCCUGGAGAACGGGAUCCCCGUGAGUCUGGAGGAAGAGGAGCUACAGAGGACUCUGACCUCAGUGGAGACCAAAGGCAAGCCCAUUCCUAAAGUUAUCGCUUUGGCUCCCGCUGCACCACUCGCUGCCCCUCCGGUAGCUGCUGUCAACGAAGUCUCUAUCCCAGAACCGCCUGAUCCUUCUCCCUCCAAGGUCAUUACAGAUGCGGAGGAAAGCGUGACAGUCACUACAUUGCAACCAGCCAAACUGGAAGAGGAGGAAGAAGAGAAGCGACAAGAAGAGGAAUCUUUGACUGAGGAAGCACCAGCAGAAGCAGAAGUGAAGAAAACAGAUAAAACUACAGAACGAAACACGCCCUCCCCCAUUGACCCAGACGCCAUUGAGGUGGACAUCAAUUUCCAACCUGAUCCCACAGACCUGGUCCUGUCCAGCGUUCCUGGGGGAGAGCUGUUCAACCCUCGCAAGCACAAGUUCUCCGAUGAGGAGCUGAAACCCCAGCCGAUGAUUAAGAAAGCCAAGAAAGUGUUUGUUCCAGACGAACAAAAGGAUGACAAAUACUGGUCCAGGAGGAAGAAAAACAAUCUGGCAGCGAAGCGUUCCCGUGAUGCGCGGCGGCUGAAAGAGAACCAGAUCACGGUGCGCGCCUCCUUCCUGGAGCGGGAAAACGCUGCACUGAGGCAGCAGGUUGCUGAGCUGCGGAAGGACUGCGGCCGCUGCAAGAACAUUGUAGCCCGCUACGAAGUCAAGUAUGGCCCUCUGUAGGAAAAAAAGAGAGAAGAAGAAUGAAAUAAAAAGUAAUCUAGAAUCCAUGAAACAUCAAUGAGACAGAAGCAGAACUCCCUUCCCCGCAGAAUCCCAACACAGACACAACCUAAAUUUGCACUGUUGUUUUCACCAACCUCCAGUCACUGCGUCAAGCUCCAGCUGACGCCUCUUAACAUGAUGCGGGAGUUUUGGACACACUGGGAGGUGGUGGGUGCGAUGGGAGCGGUGGUCGCAGGAAGGCCUGUGGAGAGCGCCUGGCUCCUACACUGAGAGAAGAGAUGGAAUGUCGGGGGGAGAAAAACAGGUGUGCCCCUGGAAAAGUCAUAAAAUUUAAAAACAGCAACCUGGUACAACAGAAUCAGUCAUACCUCAGUUUUAUCACCACACACUGGAUCUUAGAGGAGUGGCUCAAUCAGGCUAAAUAAACGAGUUAGAUCCAUGUUGGUACCUCCAGCGUUAGGAGAGAGGGAUCAGAGGAAGGCAGGGUGGGCUGUUAUAGGCGUCAGUCCCAGUUCUUCCUUGUGUACACACUAAAACUGCAUCUGGGACAUCUGUGUGUAUAAACAGUAGAUUUUCUGUACUGUCGUGUUUUGUGUGUUCUUGGUGUGUGUAAUUCAUCAUUGCACUUUUUGCUUAAAAAAACACACACAUUUGCUGUGUGGGAAAGGUAGCAGUUAGCUGCCUUGUUCACCAUAAACCCACAGAUGGGGAAUAAAACAGUAGCUCUCACAUGAUCUGCAGUUUAAAGCUAUUGUGAUUAUUUUUUUAUUGUCCUUCUGAUCUCAGAUCAGCUUUCAGAACCUCCAAUAACAGAGAUGAGUAAAAAUUAAAACUUUACAAAUCAAGAAAGAAAGCUCGUUUUUUUAUGUCAACUUGAUGGUCUAAGUGUGACGAACUCAAAGGCCCUCACCUGUGGAGGGUUAUGUUACCUUGAAGAGAUGUUUAUUUUACUGCACACUGCAAGCAGUAGGCGCUAGAGUCACUGUCUCCCCACCAAAGGUGUAGUGACACAGGAUUGAUUUAUUUUCCUGGUUUUUUUUUUUUUGUAAACAUGUAGCCAGGGGCCAGAGAUAUGCGUUCUUGUAAAUAUAUGUCUGUAUCAUGGUUUCUAUUUCUUAAUACAGGGACUCUGACUGUGUCUUUGUUAACACAAUAAUAUCUCAAUGUUUGCCAAAUAAUGAGUGCUGUACUCAUUCUGAUGGUAAUAACACAUCUGUUAAUUGGGAUGUUUAACAAUAUGUCAGACAAAAGCAUUUUCUUUCUUUAAGAAACAGCUAUACUAUGAAACCAGUGACUGAACAGGGAAUUGAAUGGGUGAACUGUGAUUUAUUUUUUUUCAAACAGAUUUCUAAAUGUUUUUGUUACUUUUUCCUCCUGCAUAGAUGCUUAGCACACUCUGCUUUACCUCAUCCAACACGUCCUAUCAGGGCCAGUCCCAGGUUCUAAGCAGAACUUGAAUGGGGGCCCACUUACAGUUAAAUCUCCCACCAGGAACCGUGUUCACUGUUCUUGCAACGGCAACAGUUUAUUUAACAAAUAGGAAUAAUUUUGGAUAAAGUGUUUUAGAGGAAGAUUAAUCAAAUUGUCGAGGUAGGGUGAGUUCUCUGCCUUUUUUACUCUGGCAAUCACGUCUUGUGCUUUGCAGCUGAAUCAUUAGAACCACGUAGAAGAGGUCAGGUUUAAUUGACUAUGCUUACUUAUGCUACUGAAAACUGACAAAUACAUGUUAAAAUCUCUUUGCAGCAGCUGCAGUGUGCAUGAAUGUGACCCCAGCUCAGACACAGAAAAAAUGUAUUAUCUAAUAAACCUAAUCUAUUAAAAUCUAUAUUAAAACAGAAAUGAUUAAAUUGGUAGUAAUAAAUUGACUCUAACCUGACCAUCAAACAAAAUUUCCUCGUGUGAAGACGCAUAACACAUUUGUCAGUUUUUUAAAAAUUAAAUAAAACUUCAAAUAAAUUAAAAAGUAAAAAUCUAUCAAAGGUUAUUAAAAAUAUAUAAAAUUAAUAGUUUUAAACGUGACUGCAAACUUUAGCUUCUGAAAUCUAUAAACUGUAGUGCAAUAAUUUAAGGGCUUUUUGGGGGGGCUCUAUUUUCCAUUCUGAUUGGAUAAAUUUGAGAUGAGCUUUAAAAGUUGAGAUGGUUGAGGCAGAAAGCACAUUAAAAGCAUGUUAGUUCUUGCUACCGCAAACUUUGGUUGAGUUCGUUUUGCCAAAGUGGCUGAACCUGUUACUAGAUUAGCAUCACAGACUGUUAGGGGUUUCUACAUUUUGUAAUCGGCUGGUUUAGGCUCAUUGGCACCGUGUUCUUGGAAAGCUAAUUAAUGUGGCAAUAAUACUCUGUCUGUAUUUAAUACCUCUUUCACUUUUAGUAACAAUGUUAUCUGUAAAAUUUGCUAUAAUGUACUGAAUAGAUAUGUCCCAAAGUCAAUGUGCUUCCAGUUUUUGGUCCUGAUUCCUUAAGGAUCCUAAUGCAUGAAACCCAGUGAGGCUCGUUUUUAUUUUCUCUUGUAAAUGUCACACCAAGUGUACUUAUGUCUGUUAAACCAUCACUAAAGAUAGGAUGUGUUUUUGGAUGCCUAGGAUAGUGGUUCUGUAAAAACCAUAACCCAAAAAACUAUGUCCUCUGCUUAUGAUGGGCUCAACAGGACCAUCUAUCUCAGCAAGCAUCAGCUGAAAGCGAUAUCUUUUUCUAACUAUUAAAAGGAUUGACUUCUAUUCACUACAGAUUGAAUUAAGUCUAUGUUAUCCACUGAAUCAGUAGGUGCUUUUUGUGUUUUCAUAAAAGGUAAUCAUGUUUUGAUGGUGUAGUAUAAAGGACAUUUUUUGUCGUUGUACAUUGUUUUUUUCUUUAUCCCAUUUGGACAGCACUGUAGCUGAGGAGUGCAAACUUUUUUACCUGAAUAAAAAUAUAUUUGGCCCAUAAACGAGUGACGAUUAAUACCAUGAAGGCAUUUGUAGUAUAAAACAAAAAUAUAAAACUGUUCCAGGAAGUACCACACACAGCAUGUAGCAGUCUUUUUCAUUCUGAUGUAAAGCACCUUAAAAUGAUUUAUGAUGUAAGAAAUUAUAUGAGAUUUAACAACUUACAGAUGUUUGUCUUAGUCAUGGCAGCUUGUUUUAUUUUUUGGAAAGAACAAUGGCAGCAGUCAACCAUGGACUUAGUUGAUGAUUGUUACAAAUUGAUUUCCCCCCUUUAACCAAAUCCUUUUUUGUGAUCAAGAGCUUUAAAGUAAAACUUAUUCAAGAUGUUUGAAAAAGAGAAUAGACAAUAAGAGAUAUUUUCUCAAUCAACCAGUACCGAGUUAUAUCCUGUAAGCAGGUUGGAAUGCCAAUCUGCAUCAGUUCAAUAUUGUAAUUGUUUACUCUUCACAGUACUCACAGUACUCCUGAAAAAAAAACCUUUAUUGAAAUGUUUUAAUGCGUUUUGCUUUCUUCUCUUUUUAUAUGAACAUGUUUUUGUAAUCCCACUAUCUGAUACAUGCAGCUGUAAUACUAUGUAACUACCUUGUUAUAUGCUUAUAAAAUAAAGUGGAAUUUAAUGACA